AUGGGCGAAGACAGUGUUAAAAGCACGAUUAAAAAUGAUAUUAAAACAUCAUUUUUAAUUGCAAACACAUUUAAUGCGCUGGUAGGUGGUCUAUUCCCUGUAACCGUGGGCACAGGCUGGUUCGUCACCGAAGGGUGUAUCCCCCCAUUGUUCUACGGUAUGGCGGUGGGGGUGCCGAUGUUUGCUCUCAGCGCGUUGGGCUUCUACGCUGCUUUUAAAGAGAAUAAGAAGAUGGCGAAUGCUUAUUCAGUGCUGAUAGGUCUGGUGGCGGCCGCAGAGACGCUGCUCGUGGCAGCACCCAUAUUUGGUGUAUUUUUUCCCGCCUUGGGCAACCAGGAGGUCCACGUAUACUUUUGCAUCUUUCACACCGGAAUCGUGCUAGUUGCAAUGGCGUCAGCUAUGUACCUGGCGAAGCAACUUCCCUCCGUGGAGACUCCGAUAACCUCCUCGGGGCACGGCUUCUGCAAGUGGCUGCUUUACGGAUUGCUCGGCGUAUUGGCUCUUGGAUAUUUCGUUAAUUAUUUUAGUGUGUAA